AUGUUCAUUACAAUAGUUAUGCUUUCUAAGCUGCCUCCUAAGCCGAAGUACCUAGGAUGGGGCGAGUCACUAUUAUCUCUGCCAAGGAGAUGGCUCAGCACCCAGGUCUACGGCGCAGACGACGAGGACUUACAAUUUGCGCAGGUAGCCAAACUGCCUGUGCCGGAGCUCCAGGCUACCCUGGACUCUUACCUGGACUUCGCAUCAGUGAUCGUGAACCAGCAGCAAUUGGAGAAGACCCAGGAUAUCGUGAAGAAGUUCGCAGAGGAAUUGGGCCCGAAGAUGCAAAAUAUACUCCUCGAGCGUCAAAAAGAAAUGACUAAUUGGUCAAUAGACGCGGCGAAUAAUGAUGAAAAUUUAUUUGAAAUGACAUUAAAAGUACUAAAUAGUGUUUGUGUGUGCAUGCAGGAGACUUUGAAUAAUAAACAAAACUCUAUUUUUAAUGACGACACCAAUUUACUUCGAGAAGAAGAUAAUGAUAGUUAUGUAAGUAAUAUCGAUCUAUAUUUAAAGAUUUACAACAGAACUUGCAUAAAUUUACAACACGAACUAUUUAGCAAAUUAAAUGAAACAUCUAAUUCAGCUAGAGAUAACGAGGUGAAAUCAUCUAGUAGAAAACAAUUUCAAAUGCCUAAGACAAUGAAAGAGAAAAUGCGGCGAACAUUAUUUGAUAUUUUUAUCACUGGUCAAAAUACUCAUAAGUAUAGAAUGCAGAGUUUGGAUUUGUAUAAAAAUAAAAUAACACCAAAAAAUGAGAAGGAACAUGAUAUCAUCAUAAUUAUCACGUUGCACCCAAACACUACUAAAGGAUUAACGAAACAUGCACAGAUUAUAAGUGAAUAUCAAUUCAAUGAUAAUUUUCAAUCGCCCAUAGACAUUGAUGUAAUUAGUAUGAAGACUUUUCAAAGGAAUGAUAAGAGUCAUAUGUUUGAUAACAUAAAAAAAUGUUACUUGUAUUCAAUGUUUAAAUUUUUAAUGGAUUGUAAAAGAAACAAUACAGUAAAAGUAUUUAAAUUUCUCGAAGUAAACGAGACAAUCAAAAUAUAUAUAGAUAUUAUUGCGUAUCAAAACUUCGACAUUUAUGUAAACAAAUGUUGCAAUAAUGAAUCUGUGUGCAAGGCUCAAGUUUUCAGUGAUAAUAAUAAAUCUGUUGAAAUGGAAACUAUUACAGCAAGCCAACAAAAGGAGAACUUACAGGAAAAUUAUCGUAACAUAAUAAGUAAUAUUAAGAUGUUAGUGAAUCAAUAUAAUAAGAAAAUAAAUCUCGGAAAAAAGACUGAUUAUUCAGAAAUACUGUCCACUAAUAAGGAGGUUUUUACACAUCAAAAUGACGAUAGUAGCACACGUAGUAUUAAGGAACGAUUACUACCUAAAUUUCCUUUAAAAACUGGUAAUAUAGCAGAAUUAGCAUCACGAAAUAUACCUGUAAUACAUGGGCAUGAAAAAAAUCUAACUACUAGUCCCUUCAUCGGAAACAACUUAAGUUCCACUUCAAGCUAUACAAAUUCAUUAGAAUCUUUUUAUACGACUCCAAACUUCUCACAAAUAAUUUCUUUUAAAAUAAUAUCACCAAGAAGCUGCAACAAGCUAUUUUUUUCUAAUCUAACCGUGCUACCAAAAGGAAUAACAACAGACGGCAUGAAUUCAAAAAUAUUGAUGCAUUUAAGAAACGUUGAAUCUGUACAGAUUGAUGAUAUAAAAAAUAUUUCCAAUGUACAUUCAACAAAAACAACAACUACAGAACUUUGUUAUGACAAUUAUUUAGGUUUAAGAAAACAUAGUAAAUACUUUCAAUCUCAAUCAAGUACCGAAGCUUUUCGCCGCAAUAAUGAAAUUACAUUUCGAAAUGAUACACACGCUAAAAUAUACUCUUCAAAUAUGGCAUUACAGACUACUUUACUUAAUACCAAACUCCAGACGCUACGAGAAGACUCUAACCAUAGCAAAGUGACAAUUCGAAUUCCAACUAAGCCAAGAGCCAGGACAAAUAAUAUCAUUACUACAAUAAAAGCAAACUCAAUAGUUAAUUAUUUUACUCAAGAUAAACCUAUGCCUACAUCUUUUGAACAAAAUUAUGAAAAUGAUAAUAUUGUUAUAGAGACAGUUACUUUAUUUCCUACAAAACUGGAAGUAUCUAGUUCUUUAUCAACCAACCACAAUCAUACCACACAGUUUGACGAUGAUAAAUAUAAAGUAAAUAAAGUUUUAUUUCCUAAUGCCAAAAAGGAAAAUCUGCAUAUAUUAAAUUCUUCAAAGUCGCCAAGUGCUACCAUAAAUGGCUCGUGGAUACAUAAAAAUAGUUCUUUGGAUGCAUAUGAACCUCAUUUAAUAAAAAUUGGAAAUCCAAAGGUAUUUAUGAAUUCAACAUUAGUAUAUUCUGCUAAUAAAGACAUAUUUUUGGAUAACUAUUCUAAAGAGCAUCAUUAUAAACAUACCUUAAAUAAUGUAAAAUCAAAUUCACUAAGAAGAGUAUUUCAAAAUAAUCCACAAAAUAUAAUUAUGACCCAUAAUUCUCACGGUCUUAUAAAAGAAAACCAAACUUUUGAAUUAAACUCCACUGAAUAUAAUACUUCAAAGAAUUUGAUAGACAUGACAACAGUAAAUAAAGAAUUUGACACUAAAGAAAAAAGAACUACAGCUUUUAUAAAAAAUACGAAUGGUAAAAGUACAUCAGAUAAAACGCCAAAUGAAUACAAUACAGUAGAAACUAGAAGUUUUAUAGACGAAAAUGUUACUCUCAAAAUAAAUUUAAGAAUCAUUGAUCCCAUAGCAGUAAAGGAAAUUACAUCACCGCAAUAUAGAUCAACAAACCAAGGAAAAAAUACGACAUCAGAUAAAAUGAAACAUUUUGUCACUGCUAAACAUAAACUUACAGCAACAUCUCAAAAAGAUAAUUCUAAAAUGGUAAUUUUAACAAACUCAAUUACUUUAAACCAAUUAUUUGAAGACAACAAUUACUUAGUACCUUCGACUCAAGAAAUAGAUGAUUAUAAUAUUCUAUUUAUUACUGCACGACCAAUAAAAAAUAAAAACACCUACAUGAAAACGAUAACAAAAGGAAGUAAAUAUGUUACAGCUGAUACCCAUCGAGCUAUAGAGAAACCAUCAGAAACUACUGGUGUAACUGUCAAGAGAAAAUCAAAUAACCCCAUAUACGAUUAUUUAGCACAUCUAAAGAAUAUUGUAAAUGAUACUGAAAACAAGCAUAACCCUCAAGGUAAUAACAUAAUUGCAACAGAAAGUUUUAUAUCUCAGAUACCACGGAAGAAACUACAAGAUGUAUCUAUAGAGAGGUCACCAAAGUCAACAUCCAAACAUAAUAGUUUGACUGAAAUGAAAACUAUUAAUUUAACAAAAAGAAUAAAAGAGAAUAUAUUUCCAAAUCGUUUUACCUUAAAAAGCUACAAAUAUACAACAAAUUAUACCAUUUCAAUAAAAAAUAAUAAGCCUAGUGUUAUUAGUACACCAUUACAAAAUAAAACAACCCAUCCUUGCCAUAUUGAUAGCAGAAGAGAUAAACAUAAUAUGCUUAAUAACACAAAUCAAUCUUUACAAGAUUUUACGAAAGAAAAUGAUAGCUCUACUAUAAUAGCACUAAAUCAGUAUAAAGCAGGAUAUAACAACAAAAGUACUAAUUAUUCACCUACCGAAAGCCUAAAAAAUGCGCACUUUUUACUAAAGCUUAAACAAGAAAAUACAUCGAUAAAUAAUGAUAGAACGAAGAUAGAACGUUUUAAUUCUGAAGAAUUUAAAGUGCGAGAUGGCAAAAGCAAAAAUAACAAAAGUAAUUAUGAAAACAGGUCACAGAGUGAAUAUACAACAAAGAAUUUGCACAUUAUUACAACUUAUGCAUCGAGCUUCCGCAAAAAUACAACUAGAAUAAAUUAUGGUUACAAAACAACUAAUGAAACGUUCAACAAAAAUAAUACAGUCAAUUUAUCAAAAUUCUUGACAACGCUAUACAUUAAACAGGAAAAGAAUUUGCCAAUAAGUAAUAAAAUAAUAUCUGAAUUGAGGACGAAAGUUGUCAAGAAUACUAAAUCAAUACAGCCUUCUUUUACGUCUCCGUCUUUGACAUCAAAUUUUGACCAAAGACGAUAUGGGACGUCGAACAUUCUAUUUCCUCAUACUAACUUAACGACCAAGAUUAUGCCUUUGCAAAUCAUGCCAGUUUCAGAUGAUCUAGAACAGAAUAUUAUUAAAUAUACAAAUCAUAAUCUUAAUAAAUCCAAAAUGGUUAAUUUGUUUCAUACACUAAGAUCCACAAAGGUUCAAAAAGAUGAAACAAUCCCUGAAACUUACGGAAAAACAACAGUAAUAUACCUCAAAACAAAUAAUCAAGUAAUUUCAACAACUAAAUUAUUAGCAGAUAAGAAUAUGUACAAAAUUAAUGAAACAAGUAAUUCACUUCCACUAAGCGUGGAGCCCCUGACUGAAUCAUUAAAACCAAAAAAAGAUGAGUUAGAUCAUUCUAAUUUUGACAUGAUAAUUCAAUCACAUGAAAACAAAAAAAACGUUUUACAAUUGUCUUCUAUCUAUAAUUUAAAAUCUUCUACAGAUAGUGAUAUCAAUGAGGAAAAAUAUAAAACUAUUAAGCAAUAUACAACGACUCUGACAUCAGUACUAAGAGAAUCGAAAGAUAACUUUAAUAAUAAUGACAAUACAGAAAUAAAUAGUACAAGAAAAAAACUAAUGACAACUCCAUUGGAAACAUUUCUUACGUUCAAGGACAUUUUAAAAAGUGAUUUUAGGUCAAAUAAUUCAUCAAUUAAUACUUUGCCAAUUUCAAGAACUAAAUUACUUGCGGAUCAAAAAGUACCACUAAAAAUCAAGAUUAAUAAGAUUUUAUUCCCUGAAACGUCUUUAAAAGACGAGAUACAGACUACAACAAGCAUAUUAAAUCAUUUUAAUGACAAUAUGACAAGUUCAACACAAGGAAACAAGAAAAAGCUAAUUCAAUCGUCUCCUACUUAUAAUGUACAAUUUACUAUCGACAAUAUGAUUAAUAAUAUAAAUAGUCUGGUUUAUGAUGCAUUAAUUGGAAAUAGCUCUAGACAGACAGACUUUCCAUUUAAAGAAUCAUUAAUAACUGCAAGUAAUAAACAAAAUCCAUUUUUAUCAAAAAAUAAGGCAAAAUUCAAUCAAAGCCAUGAUAAAAUUAGCAAUUCUAAUCUAAUACUAUUAAAAUCUAAUUCUAAUAUGAUUAAGAUCCAUAUGAAUACUACUGUAAACUUGUACAGCUUCAUCAUUGGCAAGACAAUUUUAAGUAACAAAAAUAUGACAAUUAAAUACAUAAAGAAUAACAACAGUACAGUUAAAAAUUCUAUAAAAAAGGAAUCGCCAUGCCAUGUCUCGUCCGUCAAAAAUAAUAUUAAAAAGAUUUUAGAGACUACCAUUUCCCCAUCGCAAUAUCUUGGACAAAUUGAAAAUCAUAGUACGGAAAUACAAGAUAAUAAGCGAACAUAUCCAUCCACAAAAUCAGCUAAUAUAACUGACAAUCCUAGCGAAGGCAAUAUUACAAACUUCAUGUGGCACGCUAGCUUUAAUCAAACUUCAUUUAAAAGUGAGAUAAAAAACAAGUCACUUUUAACCAAGAAGAACAAAGAAGUUAAUGAGUAUAAAAAUAAAGAAUCUAACUACAUAUUUUUUCAAAUCAACAACAAUAAAGAUAAAAGUACAGAUGAAGGAUUAUCUACUAUAAAAAUAUUAAAAGAUAAUAGACAGCAACAUGAAAAAAUAAAAUUAACAUCUUUUUCCGAGUUGACAUCGGCACCAAAAAAGGAAGCAAUAAUAAAAUUCCUAAAGUCUGAAAAAAUUGAAGCUCCAAGUACACUGCUGUCUAAAAAUAUAAAAGCACAUAGACGUCAAUUACCUACAAGCGCAAUACCACUUUCAUUAGUGCAUAUUAAAAAAAUACUACACAAUAAUAUUUCUCGUAAUAAUCAAAAAAAUAUGAAAAGUAGCAUUCCGCCUACAUUAAAACUCCUCCGUGAAGAAGAUAAUUUUACUAAAAACAAUAAAACAAGCAAUGAUCGAGGACAAUUUGUAGAGGAUACACCGUUUAAAUAUUUUCGUAAAUCUCUCUAUAAUUCAACCAAAAAGUUAAAAUCAAUUAAUAACAAGGUAAAUCCAUCGAAGGAUACUUUUGAAAUCCAUGCUUUAAAUGGUACUACUAAAUUAAUGCCAUUAACUAUAACAAAUAAAAAUAUUUAUAGGAGUACCCCUUUUUCGAAUAAUCAAGUUACUAAUAUGGGAACUACAAAAUAUAUUACAUAUUCAAAAUUUAAUGAAAAUCAUGCAACAGAAGCCAACCUAAAGAAAAAUUCAAUAAAUGUUACUCAUUCUUUAUUCAAUGAGAACAAUGCAUUGUCAACAGUUGCUGAAAAUAUUUCCAUUGUAAGCUUAAAUACAUAUACAAAAAGUAAAUACACCAGAAAAGAUACAAGUCAAAGUCAAGCAUACGUUCUAAGAUAUACAACAAUUCUAAUUUUAACGCCAAACUUAAAAGGCACUACAAAUAAAAAUUCUUCUGAAAGUAGAAACCCGAUAAGGAGAAGUAUGAUAAAAUCUAUGAAACAAAAAGCAAAAGAUAAAGACAUUACUGAACUAUCUGUUAUCACUAAAAACAAUAUAUUUGAAAAUCAACUACAACAGAAAGUCGCUACUACUAAUAAUAUGCUAAAAAGUUCGAAGUUUGCUAUUGUGGAAAUAAAUGCCAUAACGACAAACAUGCUGCCAGUCACGGAAACUAUAAGGAACUAUACUAGUCGUAUAAAAGUAUAUACAUCGUCUAUUGAAAAAAACCCCACUAAAAAUGGAUAUAAUUUAAAAAAUACGAAUAAUUUUGAUAGCUUAAUUACAUUUGUGGAUAAAUUAAAAGAUGCAAAUAAUAUUAAAAUUGAUUAUUUCAGAAGUGAUUUGCACCAUGCUCAGACCAGGAAUCAACCUAUUAGGAGAACUAAUAAAAUAAAUGACAAUCGAUCUACCAUUCCAUUCCAGCGUUACACGCAUUACGUAAAACCGACAUAUAAAACUAUAUUUGCAACACUGGCAGCAAAUAAUAUAAUUAAUCCAGGUCUGAAUAAAACAUAUAGGAAGAAUAAUAUUAGUAUAUCAAGUACUAUUAACAAAACAAACACAGGAGCACUGCACAAAAAUAAGACAACUACGUACAACAAUAUAAACACCGAGUUACCGAAAACAAAUAAGAUAAUUAAUGAAUUAGCGACGAUUAAGAGUUCAAUAAAAUAUGGCCCCCCUAUGGAAUUUUCACAUUUUGAGCUAAGACGAACUGAAACGCCAAGAUCAAUCCUUUCAGUUCCCUAUGAUAGUUCAAUGACCAAUAUUUUACAUUCGCAACCCUUGGCAGUUUCAGAUGACUCCAAGCUGAAUAUUUUUAAAUUUGGGAAUCAUGUUUGGAAUAAUAAUAAAGACGACGUGUUUUCCACUAGAGUACAGAAAAAUGAUCAAAAGGAUAAAACAAUCAGAAUUCUGAAUAGAAACACAACAGAUAUAUAUUUUGAAACAAGUAGUAAUCAAACAACAUUAACAACCAAAUCAACUACAAGUAACAAGUUAUACUUUCUUAAAGAAAAAAACAAUAAGGUUAAGCAAAAAGAACUAGUACAGAGAACAAAAAGUUAUUUUAAUAUUAAUAAUACAAAACUAACACGUGAAAGUAGGAAAGAUAUAUUUCAAUAUCCUCCUACAUAUAUUUCAAAAUGUACAAUUGACAGUGUAAUUAAUGAGAAAAAAUAUGGUAUCAAUAAUAAGAAAAACUUUACAUAUGUGUUAAGAGAAAUAAAAAAUAAUUUCAAUAAGCAUACAGAAACUAAUAAUACUACAAUAAAACAAACGACAGCUCCAAUGACACUACUUAUCACUAAAAAUAAUUUAUUUAAUUUACAACAUACUCACACCACAGAUCAAAAUGUAAGUACAACAAAUAAUAUGACAAGAAAUAAUAAAAUUCAAAGUACUACAAUACGUUACACACGUCGUACCAGGCCAAGUUUAAAAAGUACAAUUAGCAAUGUAACGCAGAAAAGAUUACAUGAAAUAAAAAAGUUGCUGAAAAACAAGAAUCCGGAAUAUACUAUUAAUAUUUCAAGUAUUACUAACAAAACAAGCACUCGUCAAUUACACUCAGAAGAAGUAGUUUAUACAACAGAUCGAUCUGUAUCAAACACAGCAUUAUUUACAACUUAUUUGCCCAAAACUAUCAAAACUCUUAACAAUGUAUCUAAAUAUGAUAUUUCCAAAACUGCGCCUCAGAAAGCAUAUACGACUAAGAAUCCUGAAUAUUAUAAAAAUUUUAGUCUAAAAUUUAAGUUGGAAAAUUAUGAUGAAGCAAAAAUUUUACUCCAUAAUUUCAGCCACUUAGAAAGAACAGAUAAUUACGUAACGGCCUUAAGCCCUUUAAUCCUUAGUAAUGCGAGUAAACAUUAUUCUGAUAAAGUGCUUAAGAAUUCUUUUUCCACUUUAAAAAAGUACUCUAAAUAUAUCCCUACUAUAACAUAUACUUACAGUCAAAAUAUAUCAUCCAAAAGUUAUAAAGAAAGUGAUAGUAUUACUAAAAAUAAUAAAUUAAUUACCAUUAGCACAAAUGCGAUGCAAUUAGAACAAACAUACACAACUAAAAAAGAAACUAAAAACCGCGUGACACAAAGUACAGAAAAGAUGUAUAAGAAAAGCAGGAAAAUAAAAUAUAAUACAUACAAACCUACGGAAGAAGAUCUUUACAUUUUCACACUGAAACCUCAAUAUUUAGGAAAAUAUAAGUUUACUCAUAGAAAAACAAAUAUAAGUAAAUUAUCUGUUCCGUUUGGACAUUUAGAAAAAAACAAAAUAAUUUUAAAGCCAAAUAAACAGCAUGUAUCAACUACAUUAUCAGAGAUUAGCACAUUGAAUGAUCAGAUUUCUAAACAUAAUAUUGAAGCAAAACAUAAAUCUAUCUACAGUUUUGCGAGAAAAGAGAAUUUAUUAGAUCCUUUUGGGAAGACCAACCUAUAUCCUAUAAAAAAUCUUCCAUCUCACACUCAAAGGAAAGUCAUGAAACGAAUACGUUUGUCAAAACAAAAUAAAGAAAUAUUAGCAAUGGAUACGAAUGAUUUUUUCUCAAAUAGACGUAACAGCGAUACGAAAUUUUCCAGAUCACGCAAUUAUAGAACUUUACCUCCCGUCACAGUUUUACCAAAAGAAUAUGUGAUUCGACCUUUGUUUGAAGAGCAACGUUUUCGACCAAAACCUAUAAUUAUAGACAAUGAUAAUGAUUUCUAUAGAAAAGAUUUUGAUAAUCAUCAUCGUAGCAAUGCACUGUCUUUGAGAGAAAAAGUUAAUCAUAUAAAAGAUUCUAUUCAAGUGCCUUUGCCAGUUGAAGAGGAAGUAACUAUCGAAAGGCCGGUGUAUUCUACUAACAAAAACCCUAAAUUUUUAAGAGAUAGGAUAGAUUCAAUUAGGGAUUACUUAUAUAAUGUAGAUUAUAUAAAAUCUACGCAGAGCCCAAAAAAUGUUCUGGUGAAACCGGUAGAAAUGCAGAAUGAAGAUCCGUUGUAUUAUUUCAGACGAAGUGGUUGGUACAAUUAUGAAUCUACCGCAAAAGUAUCAAGUAUUAAGGGUAAACCUACAAAACGAAAGAGAAGAACUAUUUUCUUCCUAAGCCCUACAGUAACAGACUGGUGGCUCGACGAUAUGUACCUCAAAAUUCGGCUGCCAGUUCCCAUAAACUCUAACCCCGGCAUGGUGUUCCCGAGGCGGCAGUUCGCUAAGAUCGAUGAGGUGGCAGACCUUGCUGCGCUCUAUAUCGAUGACCUGCUCGAUUAUAAAGAAAUGUUGGAUAGAGGUGAACUACCCCAGGAAAGGGCGACAAGUCGUGAGAAAGGUCAGCCGCUAUGUAUGGAGCAGUUCUACCGUCUGCUCGGAGUGUGUCGUAUACCGGAAGUGGGCAAAGACCGUUUGGAGCUUCCGUCCCGGCCCAGCGACCCUGCAGAGUGUGAGGAGUUGAUCAUUGUAGCUUGCAGGAAUUAUUUCUAUCCAAUCCCAGUAAAGGCAGCCGAUCGAGGGCGGCUCACGCCGGGCGAGAUGCAGGCCCAACUACUACACGCUAUGGUGGAUGCUGCGGGCGCUCCUCCCGCACCUAAAGUCGGACUGCUCACGUCUAUGAAUCGAGAUCAAUGGGCUAAGGCGAGAGAACAGCUGAUUAAAGAUGAGAACAACCGUACAAAUCUGGAGUUGAUCUCUCGGGCGCUGUGCAUCAUGUGUGUGGACGAGGCCGGCGGAGACAGGCGCGAGCUGGACGCGGACACCAAUGCGAUGUUGCGCGCUAUGCACGGCGGCGGCACUCGCUUCCACACUGCCAACAGAUGGUUCGACAAGACGGUUCAGCUGAUCAUCUCAUCAGAUGGUACUAUCGGCAUGUGCUAUGAGCACAGCCCAGCCGAAGGCGUGGCAGCCAUCCGCCUCGCAGAGAGAGCCCUGGCGCGGGCGGAAGUGUCGGACAGACCAGCGCCGCCGCCCGUCCUGCUGCCCGCCCCACAGCCCAUGAAGUGGAACCUCACGACAGAGCUGCAAAGAACUAUUGAGCACGCUGCUCGGGAUAUUGAUAGAUCUAUAUCCGAUUUAGACCUGAAAGUGUACACCUACCGCGGCUACGGGCGGGAGUUCAUGAAGUCUUGUCGCACCAGCCCCGACGUCUACAUUCAGCUCGCCUUGCAAUACGCCUACUUCAAGCUGUACGGGUACCUGGUUUCAACAUACGAGUCGGCAUCGCUGCGUCGGUUCCGCAACGGGCGCGUGGACAACAUCCGGUCGGCGCACAACGCGGCGCGCGCGUGGGCGGCCGCCAUGUGCACCGCGGACACGCCGCCCCAUGAUGAUGAUGGGCAGAAGAAGGUGUCCUUUAAUUUGUAUGGGGAGCAAAAGAAACUCGAACUCUUCGAAGAGGCAGCUCGCAAGCAGACAGCUGUAAUGGAAGCCAACAUCCUGGGCCGCGGCAUCGACAACCACCUACUGGGGCUGCGCGAGGCGGCGCGGGAGGCACUCGGGGAUCUCCCCGACAUGUUCAAAGACCCUACCUACCAUCGUAUGAUAGAGUUCAAGCUUAGUACCAGUCAGGUGACGACUACCACUGACGGCACGUUCAUGGGUUACGGCGCGGUGGUGCCCGACGGAUACGGCUGCAGCUACAAUCCUAAGAAGGAUUGCGUCAUCUUCUGCAUAUCCUCUUUCAUCUCUUCCAGCGUCACCAACACGGAGGCCUUCAGACAGUCUCUAGAAGAAGCCCUGGACUCCAUGAAACUAAUGUUCCAGAACAAAAAAGUAGAGAGC